CCAGUGCAACCAUAUUCACUCAUCCACCAUUGCUAGAGCUCUGUUGCUCGAUCACUCUCGUUCUCAGCUUCUCUCUCCGAUUUAAAACAAAUCUGGAAAACAGGGAGACGGCACUCCAUGAAGCUGUCGAGCUGCGCCUGCGCGAGAGGCCUCCUGCUCUUCAUCUCGACCAAGAAGGCCAAGGCCAUGGUCGCCGUCGUCGUGUCCGUCGUGGCCAAGUGCAGGGAGCUCUGGGAAAGGCUGCUCGUCGUCACGACGGGCUCCGGCUGCGCCGCCGCCGGCGACGACGGCGGCUACUACUUCGGCCGGAGCUACGAGUUCUCGUGCUCCGCCACCCCAGUCGUCUUUGCUCCGGCGAAAGGCGGCGGCGGCCGGCGUCGUCGUGACCGCGGCCGCUGCCUGCCGCCCUGGGUGGGAGGACGCAAGCAGGCGAGGGAGAUGCUGAUGGAGACGAGUGCGGCGGCGAUGGGUAGCCCCGGGCCGGUCGCCGCCGGCCGGGAAUGCUCGCCGCCGGAGCGGUCGCCGCAGUGCUGGAGGGAGCAGGAGAUCGACGGCCUGGCCGAGGAGUUCAUCAGCCGGUUCUACGACCAGCUGAGGUCGCAGGUGGCGGAGGAGCGGCGGCUGGGGUGGAAGACGCCGCCGUCACCGUCUCCAUGACUGCACGGCUCUGCGCGUUCAGGAUCACCGAUUCACCGUGCAACGUAAACUACUCCACACUGGUGUGUACGUGCGCGAGUGACUUAUGUGUUUUCUUCGGUUUCUUUCACGAGAGAGGGUUCGUUGGUGCAGUUUUGAAUUUUUUUUUUAUCUUUAUGUCUUCUUGU